GCUCCAUCGCACCCAUCGACACUUUCCCCCACACUCACUCAUUCACAACAACAACAACAUCACCAUCAUGACUGACCCUCGUUUCGAAACCUACUUUGGCAAUGGCACCUGGGCCCUCCUUGCGCCCCACGUCUCCGCCAAGGGUGCCGAGCUCCUCUCCAAGGCCAUCUCGUUCGUCGAGGAGGACUGCAUCCCCGCCGAGGCCCUCUGGCACCAGCAGCUCGCCCCCCACGGCCCCGAGCGAUGGGCCUCGAUCCCCCCCGUCCUUGAGACGCUCAAGGCCAAGGCCAAGUCUCUCGGCCUCUGGAACCUCUGGCUCUCGGGCGGCGAGUUCCAGCACCUCGCCCGUGGCUCGGGUGCCGGUAUCACGAACCUCGAGUACGGUCUCAUUGCUGAGAUCUCGGGCUACUCGCCCCACCUUGCCCCCCAGGCCAUGAACUGCUCGGCUCCUGACACCGGCAACAUGGAGGUCAUUGCUCGCUUCGGCUCGGACAAGCAGAAGGACAAGUACCUCCACGGCCUCGUUGACGGCAAGAUCCGCUCGGCCUUCUCCAUGACCGAGUACGGUAUCGCCUCGUCGGACGCCUCCAACCUCCGCAACACCACCGCCGUUCGCAAGGGCAACAAGCUCAUCCUCAACGGCCACAAGUGGUGGAUCUCGGGUGCCGGUGACCCCCGCUGCGCCGUCCACAUUGUCGUCGCUGUUACCGACCCCAACAACGCCGACAAGUACAAGCGCCACUCGAUCAUCAUCCUCGACACUUCGCUCCCCGGUGUCGAGGUCGUCCGCCCCAUGACCGUCAUGGGCUACGACGACGCCCCCGAGGGCCACUGCGAGGUCAUCUACAACAACGUUGAGAUCGACCUUGAGGACAUUGCCGGUGGUUCGCAGAACCUCGGCCGCGGCUUUGAGAUGCUCCAGGCCCGUCUCGGCCCCGGACGUAUCCACCACUGCAUGCGCACCAUUGGCAUUGCCUCGCGCUCCCUCGACCUCCUCCUCCUCCGCGUCUCCAACCCUCAGCGCAAGACCUUCGGCAAGAUGCUCUCGGAGCACGGCACCAUCCUCCAGGACAUUGCCGUCUCGCGUGCCGGUAUCGACCAGGGCCGUCUCAUCACCAUCGCGGCCGCCCGCCAGAUUGACCUCGCCAAGGCCAAGGGCGCCCUCAAGGAGAUUGGCAUCGCCAAGUACACUGUCCCCGCCAUGGCUCUCGAUGUCAUCGACAAGGCCAUGCAGGUCCACGGUGCCGAGGGUAUCUCGCAGGACACUCCUCUUGCCUACUUCUGGGCCGCUGUCCGCACCCUCCGCUACGCCGACGGCCCCGACGCUGUCCACCAGCAGCAGGUCGCCAAGGUCGAGCUCAAGAAGCGCCUUCCCGUCCUCCAGCAGCGCCAGGAGUCGAUCCGCCAGAAGCAGAAGCUUCUCGGCGUCGGCCGCGGCAACGACCACGCCCGUCUUUAAGGGAACGACGACGGGUUGGCAGCAGCAAUAAAAAACAUCAGUAGGAAGUACGAUUCUGUAUGGGCAUGUGUACAGGGUUGUGUGUAGGCAUGCAGCAGUUUGUCUGAG